AUGAACAGUACUACUCAGAGCACAGAGCUCUCGGCCACUAACAACGCCAGUCGAUAUAGUUGUCGCAUUUGUUUAGCAAGAGCUACUGGUUAUCAUUUUGAGGCGCAAUCAUGUGGUGCAUGCGCUGCAUUCUUUCGUCGUGCUAUCGUGCAUCGAAAAAUGUUCAGUUGCAAAACUGGUCUAAAUAAAUGUACCAUUCAUUAUUCCAUACGUCAACUAUGUCAAGCUUGCCGUCUACGAAAAUGUUACUUUGUGGGGAUGAAAAAAAACGCUGUUCAACCGAAAAAAUCACAAAUAGAAUAUUGUCGCUCAUUCGCCACAAAAUCAGGUCUCAAAAGAAACAAGCAAUUUGGUGGACAAAUGAAACAAAACACUCAAACUGAGAUCACUGAUUCAUUGCACAAUGAUGCCGAUUCUCGAAACACCUCCAGUAUUAAUUUUUUAAAUUUUUUUGUUGGAAAUUUGUGUAAUGGCGAAAAUGAUAUGUUAUUGAUGCAACGCAAUGGUGAUGUCGAAUGUAACCAUACAAUAGGUGCGAACCAAAUAUUUCUUCACACUAGUCACGAUGUUUUGCGUCGACUUGUGGCAGAAGAAUUGAAAAUUGGCGAACGUCGUCGGAUACUGUUUUGUGAAAGGCCAGUAGGCAGUAUAUUGGGAAGAUCUCAAUCAUGUCCAUAUACCACUGAAGAAAUAUUUCCGUUACGAUUCCGGAAAUUUCGCAAGUCAAUACGGACACAUAUUUUAUUGGUCUAUGAAUGGUUACGAAGCUGGCCAGCGUAUGAUUCUUUCGAUAAGUUUGACCAGAUAACAUUUUUGAGAAAAUGUGUAUUGUAUCAUACGAUUCUGGAUCCUUCUUAUAUAACGUUGCAAAUUGGUUAUCCCAGUCGAUUUGUGAUGCAAAAUGGUGGAUUUCUAGCUGUGGAUGAGAAUUGCAAGGAAGGGUGGGAAGAUGAGAAAGAGAUUUCAAGCGCUACGAAACAGAAGUAUUCUUAA